AUGAGAAAGAGCUUCUGGGAUUAUUUCUAUGAACUGAAGCAGAAAUGCCCCUACGAUUGUGUGGGUAUAUAUUUGGGGCUGCAGCCAGGGCUCGUGGUGCAGUCUCCCGAUUUAGCCAGGAAAGUUAUUGUGGACUCGGAUUGUUUUCCGGAUAGAUUUACCUAUUCUGGGUCAAAUGGCGAUCCUAUUGGUUCGUUAAACCUAUUCGCUAGUAAGGGAAAGUUACGAAAAUAUCUUCAGCAAGUCUAUUCUCCGAUAUUCACAACAGUUCGUCUAAAGAAAUUAACGCAAUUGAUGACCGUCAACGGUAAAGACCUUACAGAUAAAAUUCAGAGAGAUUUCGUCGACAAUAAGAAGAGGGUGAAUUUGAAGGAACUAAUGGCAAUGUACGUCUCUGACACAUUAGCCUUUAGCGUGUUUGGUAUAAAACUAAGCGUGUUAAAAGGCGAAGACUCACCACUUUGGCACAUCACAAAACAUAUAACGAAAUGCGACUUUUCGCGCGGAUUUGAAAUAAUUGUCAAUUUUCUUCAUCCCGAGUCUUGCAAAACUUUUGCGGUGAGUUCAAAGAAUGCUCAGAUAACUUUAAAAUUGAAAGAUAAUAUGAGUGAAAACCUAAUGCUUGCUCAAACUGGUACCUUUAUAAUGGCAUCCGCAGAAACUAGUUCAGUUGCACUCACCUAUUGCCUCUUCGAGUUGGCUUAUCACCAAGAGGAGCAGGAAAUACUGUAUAAUGAGAUCGAGGAAGCUCUGAGAAAAUCAGGAAAAGAUAUUUUGGAAUACAACGAUUUCCUGGAAUUAAAAUACCUCACUGCUGUUAUUAAUGAAACAUUACGCAAGUCUGUUCCUCUGCAACAUUUGGACAGAGUACCAGUUAGAGACUACCAACUGACAGAUAACAUAACGAUAGAAAAGGGGAUUCCAGUCUUGAUCAACGUGUUAGCUCUGCACCACGAUGAAAGAUACUUUCCGGAGCCCAACGAGUGGCGUCCAGAGAGAUUUUUGACCUCGUCCGAAUAUGACAACUUGCAUUACUCCUUUAUACCGUUUGGGGAAGGACACCGGGCUUGUAUAGGUAAACGCUACGGAAUGUUACAGCUGAAGAUUGCCUUAAGUCAAAUAGUUCACAAGUUUAAAAUUGAACCUGUCAUGCCAUACAAACUGAAAAGUGAUCCAUACAGUAUCGUUCUAGCUCCGAUAGAUGGAGCUAGUGUAAAGUUUGUUCCUCGAUAG